AUGCCAGAAAAUGGUCCGUUCUAUUAUCGUGCACAAACAAUAAAAAUUUCCAAAUCUGAAUAUUUAUGGAAACGAGCUCCUGAAUCUUUUUGUCAAGAUUAUGCUGGCUUUCAAAAUUAUACAAAUCGAUUUCUUGCUAUUCAAUAUGCGAUUGAUAUAUCAAUCAUUGGAUAUGUUACGAAUAAAACAAAUUUAUUUUCAAAAAAUGUAUUUUUCAAUCAUUUUGGUUGUCCAAAAGCUUAUGAUGAUCAAUUAAAUUCAAUUUAUGAAUCAUUUGUUCCAAUAUAUUUUUCAAUGAUAUUUCUAAUAACAUUUAUGAUUAAUAUUGGUUAUAUUGUUGAAGAACGUGAAAAUAAAACUAAAGAAUAUUUACGUAUUUACGGUCUUCGAACUUGGAUAAAUAACUUUGUAUGGAUGUGUCGAUCUAUGUUAAUCUAUGUUAUAUUGAUUUCAAUAGUAACCGGCCUGAGUGUCAUAUCAAUACCAAGUUCUCAGCAAAGACAAACAAGUAUUGAUCGAGCAAUAUUUAACAGUACACACUGGACAUUAAUUUGGACAGUUUUAUUUAUUUAUUCCAUUGAACUUUCAGCAUUUAGUAUUUGUUUUGCACAGUUAUUUAAACGUGUGUUAUUAGCAAAACUAAUAGGUUUUAUUCUAUGGAUAAUUACAUUCAUUGAUUUUUAUCGAGAUGUCUCUUCAGUUGGUAUUCGAUAUUUUUCAUGUUUAUUUCCAAAUUUAGGUUUAUUAUUUUCGUUGCAAAUUAUUUUGCAGUAUGAGCGAAAAGGAACCAAACUAAUGACAUAUAAAAAUUUAUAUUCAAAUUUAUUUUCCUAUCAAUUAUAUGUUGGUUUAUGCCUGCUUCUAAUGAUAAUUUAUUCGGGUUUCUAUUUACUAUUAGCGAUCUAUAUUGAAAGAAUUCAUCCAGGAGAAUUCGGUACUGCAAAAGAAUGGAAUUAUUUUUUUAAAUGUUCGUCAAAAGCAAAAACAAAUGAUGAAGAAUCAAAUCAAAAUGAUAAUAAUACAAAUCAUUCGAGUGAAUUAUAUUCAAUGAAUAAGACAAAAAUUCCAUUGAUUAAAAUUUCAAAUUUAACAAAAAAAUAUAAAAAUUUUGUUGCAGUUUCGGAUUUAUCUUUGAAUUUUUAUUCAGGUGAAGUAUGUUCACUAUUAGGGCCUAACGGGGCAGGUAAAACAACAAUAACAUUUCUAAUCGUUGGAAUGUCACAACCAACAUCUGGUACGAUUACAAUUGAUGCAAAUGCUAGAAAACUCUUUGGAUUUUGUUCACAAUCUGAUAUUCUCUAUGAUGAAUUAUCUGCUGAAGAGCAUUUAAAAUUAAUUGGAAAAAUGCGUUCCAUGAAUUCUAUAUUUUUAAAAGAAUCGAUUGAAAAGAUUCUUGAAUUAAUUAAUUUAAACGAAGAUCGGGAUACAUUGACAAAAAAUCUAUCCGGCGGUAUGAAAAGACGUUUAUCUAUCGGUAUGUCAUUAUUUGGUGAUCCAAAAAUUCUUAUCUUUGAUGAACCAACAGCUGGCGUCCAAUUCGAAUAUCGAUUUUUUGUUGAAAAAAAGCAAAACUAUGAAAAUGAAAUUAUUACAAAAUUCAUUCAACGAUAUAUACCAGAUGUAAUACUAGAAAAAGAAUCGCCAAUAGAAAUGAUUUUCGGCAUAAAAAGAAAUCGUUCAAAACAAAUUAGUCGUUUAAUUUCUGAACUGGAUAAGAGAAAAUUGAAUAUUGGAAUUGAAGAAUAUGGAUUUUCAAUGAUUACAAUUGAAGAUGUCUUUCUAAAAUUACUUCGUGAACAGGGAGAAAAUUCAAUUCUAUCCAAUGAAAUCGAAAUUAAUCAUGUGUUCAAUAAUAAUUACGAAUAUGAAAAAGGCUUUCGUCUAACCAUUUUUCGUCUACUUGCAUUAUUAAUCAAGCGAUGGCAAAUUUUACGGCGACGAUAUAAUUUUCUUCUUGCAUUUUUCAUCUUUCCAAUUCUAUUUCAAAUUCUCAUUGUUAUUUUCAUUCCAUCAGCACAAGAUACUCAAGCAGCAUUUGCACAUAAUGCUCACAUAAAAGAUGCCCAAGUUAAAUUUAAUCCAUCAAGCUAUAAUCCGCAUACUGUGGUAAUUUAUUCCAAUGAUCAUGAAACAUAUAUUUAUAAAAACUUAAUAAAUUCACUUGAAAAAUCUGGUGCAAAUAUUGAUGAAAUUCACACUAAUGAUAUACUUGAUUAUAUUCAUGAUAGAUAUUUAAUUGACGAAGAGACUUUUAUUAAUAAAUAUCAAAUGGCAUUUUCAAUAAGUUUUAACGAAACAUUAAUAGAAAAUCCUUUUAGUUAUAAUAUUUAUUUCUCAACAGUUAACUUUCAUGUUAUGCCGACAAGUUUAAAUAUAAUGUCAUCCAAUCUAUUUCAAUAUUAUUCGAAUUCAACGUUAAAACAAAUUGAAACUAUAAAUCAACCAAUAAUUAUACCAAAAGAGAGUAGCAAAUAUAUCGGAGAUUUCUUUGAUAUUUUGUAUUGUUUCGAUGUUUUACCAUUAUCACUAUUUAAUUUUAUUGAUAGUAUUAUCGGUAUUGUGUUCAUUGGAAUUCUUAUUUUACCCAUAACGCAAGAACGUUUAAAUCAUUCGAAAAAUUUACAAUUAUUAACAAAUUUAAGUAAAAAAAUUUAUUGGCUCUCCAAUAUAAUAUUUGAUAUAUGUUUAUGUCUUAUACUUUCAAGUAUUUUAACAAUUAUUCUUAAGAUUGGUUCAAUAAUUAAUUCAAAUCCUCAAGCUGAAAUCCAAAUUUAUAGAAAUAUUGAACAAAUUGGAUAUUAUUUUUUAAUAAUUUUCAUGUAUUCAUUAGCUUCAGUGCCAAUGAUUUAUAUUUAUUCAUUUAUUCAAAAAUUAGUAAAACAAACAGAAGUAACAAAUGCGACAAGUAUAAUCAAUUUAUCAAAUAUUAUGAAUCAAAUGACUUGGAUUAUAACAGUACUUUUUCCAUGUGUAAAUUUCAAGCGUUCAUUAUAUAAUAUUCGUUUGAAAUCAGAUAAAUAUUGUAUUUCUGUAUAUAAUUCAGUAAUGUUUACUAAUUAUUCUUCAAACAAUUCAUGGAUGUCAAUUCAUGAACCAGCAAUUGGAAUUUUAUUUAUUAUUUUUUCUUGUCAAAUGGUAUUCUGGCUUCUUGUUUUAAUUUUAAUUGAAAACCGAAUUUUAUUCAAGAGUAUUUAUCAUAAAUGUUGGAAGAACAAGAAAAGAGAAACAACAAAAUCAAAUCAAUGGACUGAUACACAUUUAGACGAAGACGUACGAAAUGAACGUGAAUUAAUCAUAAAUAAAAAUACUGUAUUGGAUACAUCAAUUAUUUUUGUUCGCGAUCUUGUACAAGGAUUUAAGAAACGAAAAGAAAAAUCAAUGCAUCGACAAUCGUGCACAAUUAUUGAUCAUUUGAAUUUUUUUGUUCCGAAACAAUCAUGCUUUGGUUUAUUAGGAGCAAAUGGCGCUGGUAAAACAACAUUAUUUCGAAUGUUAAUUGGCGAAUCGAAACCUAUAUCUGGGGAUAUAUUUAUCAAUGGGGAAAAUAUUAAUAAAAUAAAAGAUGCUAUUGAUAUUGGCUAUUGUCCACAAUUUAAUUGGCUUAUAAAUAAUUUAACUGUUACUGAAACAAUAACUUUAUUUGCAAGAUUAAAAGGAAUAAGAUGGGCAGAGUUACCUGAAUUAUGUAAUCAUAUGUUACAAAUUUUUGAUCUUGGUUUAUAUGAAAAUAAACAGAUACAAGAACUUAGUGGUGGAAAUAAACGAAAAGUUAGCACAUUGCUAGCAUUCAUGGGUAAAUCAAAGAUCGUACUUUUAGAUGAACCAACUACGGGUUUAGAUGCACUUGCGAAGCGAAAACUAUGGAAUAUUAUUCGAACAGCACAUCACUUUGAUAGAACUGUUAUUUUAACAAGUCAUAGUAUGGAAGAAUGUGAAGCAUUAUGUACAAAAAUUGGAAUUAUGAAAUCAGGACAAUUAUUGUGUUUGGGAAAUUUACAAAAAUUAAAACAACGUUUUGGAAAUGGAUACAUUAUUCAAGUUCAAUUAUCGUUCGAUUCAACCGACAGAUUUUUAGAAGAAUUGUUAUUUACUUUUCCUCGAACAGAAGUCCAAAAACGAUAUAAUGGAACAUUAUUUUGUACGAUACCAUUCCUUACAACGACUGAAUAUCCUUUAAAGUUAUCGUUCAUAUUUCGAUGGUUUUAUAAGAAAAAGAAGGAACAAUUAAUCCGUACUUUUGCAAUAAAAGGGCCAACACUUGAAGACAUAUUUAUUCGUUCAGUUGGAGAAAAUCGAACGACAAUUGAUAUUGGUUCUAAUGAAAUUAUAUACACUUAUUUAUGA